CAAUUGAAAAGAACCUAGAACUGUGGAAACAAAUGGUUUUAGGUUCAGAAAUCGGUCAAAAGUGUUGUGUUCGGGCAAAAAUUGAUAUGCAAUCAGCAAAUGGAUGUUUACGRGAUCCUACAAUAUAUCGUUGCAAACCUGAACCCCAUCCAAGAACCAGUGAUAAAUAUAAGGUAUAUCCAACUUAUGACUUUGCUUGUCCUAUUGUGGAUAGUCUUGAAGGUGUWACUCAUUGUUUGCGUACCACAGAGUAUACUGAUCGUGAUGCACAAUAUUAUUGGUUUUGUGAUGCAUUAAAACUUGGUACUCGCAGCAAUGAAACCAGACCUUAUGUGUGGUCGUAUUCAAGAUUAAAUAUGACUAAUACUGUUCUGUCGAAAAGAAAGUUGACUUGGUUUGUUGAGCAAGGCUAUGUUGAUGGAUGGGAUGAUCCACGUAUGCCAACUGUUCGUGGUGUAUUAAGGAGAGGAAUGCAGGUGGAAGCAUUGAAACAAUUUAUAGUUGCCCAAGGAUCUUCCAGAACUGUUACAGCUAUGCAAUGGGAUAAAAUUUGGUCAUUAAACCGCAGUAUUGUUGAUUCAAUAGCACCAAGGCAUACUGCUUUGUUAUUAUCUAAUUCAAAUAAAGACAAUGCAGUAUUAUCUUAUCCACCAGUUGAAGUUGUGGUAGAGAAUGUUGAAAAACCAUAUAAAAUUAACAAUGUCCCUAAACAUCCUAAAAAUUCUCAAUUAGGAUUAAAAAAUUGUGUCUGGGCUGGACCUAAAAUUCUUAUAGAUUACARUGAUGCAGAGUUAUUAGAAGCUGGACGUCGAGCAACAUUUAUUAAUUGGGGUAAUCUUUUGAUAAACCGCAUWGAAAGAAACCAAAAUGAUAAUAAAAUAGAGAGAAUUUAUGCAGUCUCUGACCUUGAAAACACAGAUUUCAAAUCUACAGUGAAAGUUACGUGGCUACCAAAAACUGAUUAUUCAGAUUCUGACCAAGUUUUGCCUAUUCUGAUACCAGUCGUUUGUGUUUAUUUUGAUCAUUUAAUAAGUAAAGCAGUAUUAGCCAAAGAUGAAGAUUUCAAGCAAUACUUAAAUAUAGAAAAUAGUCGUUGGGAACUACAAAUGUUAGGUGAUUCAGAAUUGAAAGACUUAAAAAAAGGUGAAGUGAUUCAGUUGCAACGUAGAGGCUAUUUUAUUUGUGAUUCAACGUACCAGCCAUACAGAAAAAUAUUUGAACACGGAAUAAUUAUGACAAUAUCUGCUUUUAUAUUUGCAAGUGAAGGAAAAACAGCUGAAAAAGUAACUACUAGUCUUUUAAAACUAAUAUUUACACUUGAAUUAGYUUCUGAAUACAGCUGGAAAGGACAAAAGGGAUUGAUNGGUGUGGGUGUUAGUACAGCAAAUGAAGUCAGAGAUAAUUUGAUUAGAACUUGCUUAGAUGUAUGUAACCGAUUAAAAGGAGACAUUGUGUUAGACAAUGAUGAUGAAAAUGACAAUAGCGUUAUUCAAAAUCGUAAUUCUAACUUAAUGAUAAGAGCGGAUACCGAUUUGCGAGAUAAUUAUUCACCUGGUUGGAAAUUCAACCACUGGGAGUUGAAGGGGGUUCCAUUGAGGUUAGAAAUUGGACCAAAAGAUUUGGAUCGAAACCAAAUUGUAGCUGUUCGGCGAGAUAAUGGAGAGAAAAUAACUAUCCCCUUAGAUGGACGUACAAAAGACGAUGGAGAAGACAAGAUGGUUGUAAGAAUAACAGAGUUAUUGAAUCAAAUACAGCAUGAUAUGUACACUAAAGCAGAACAGGAAAUGAAAGAAAAUGUUGUGAUAUGUCGUAAAUGGUCGGAGUGUGGUGCACAUUUAGCAGCUAAACGUUUACUAUUAAUACCGUUUUGUGGACGUCCAAUUUGCGAAGAUAACAUCAAACGGGAUACUACAUUGGACGACGGUACUGCAGAAGUGGGAGCUUCGACAAUGGGAGCAAAAUCGUUAUGUGUGCCAUUUGAACAGCCCAAGGGAGCAGAAAUAUUAAAAUCCAAUGAUCAAUGUAUACAUCCAGAAUGUGGGCAGCCAGCAGGGUCGUUUACCUUAUUUGGCCGCAGUUAUUAAAUAAAAUGUUCACUAAAUGAAACUGAGAAUGUCUGGCUUUUGUGUAAAAAUUUAAAAAUUUAUGUUCAUGAUUAAAUAAAAUAUAAUAAUUUGUAAAUAGUUA